CCUCUCUUGUCUCCGCACCACACGGUGCUGCCAGGCUCAAACCUGCGGCUGCUUUCUGCUUUUCUUUCUUCUUGUCUCUGAAAUUUUUCGUCACCCUAGAAAAUCUUGAUUUGCUUGAUCUCUAUUUUCUAGGCUAUGUUAUAAUGUUCGGCUCAGUGGGCUGGGCCUAGAUCCUUGCAAUGAAGACAAGUCCGGCGAGGAAGCAGGCCAUAGUAGAGGGCAUCCGAAAACGCUUCCGAGCCGCCCUCUCAAAUUUACUCAUGCAGAAAGUUUACCGUUACAAACUCGUCCGAUUUCUCGCCUAUCUGGGCAGGGAACCUGAUAAGGGGAGAGAAUUAUCUACUCACCUUGAUGCGCCCUGCAUUCUAAACCCUAUCUCUCCCAUUGCUCUUACCCGCACCUUUGCUCACGUAGAUCCCCGCACUUUUACUCACGUGGAUCUCCGCACUUUUGCUCAUGUGGAUGCCUGUACUAUUGCUCACGUUGGAGCCGCUAUCGGGGUUUCCACCCAAAAACUAUUUGCUUCAAUAAAGCAAACAUUUCCUUUUGUCCUCGCUACCGAUACUAAGACCGCUGCACGACAGCAUACACAAAAUUUGGUGCAGGUCGUGGCAGUCGCGACGCACCUUUCACAUGUAAUUUCAAUUCCUUUCAGGCUCCGUCCUCCUAUGGUGGAGUCAGGCUUACUUAGCGGGCGACUCCAGGCUGAAUUGGGGUUGGCCUCUUUCCCGUCGCCUUGCUAGUUCUGUUUUCAAGUCCAUCUGCAUGUCAAAAAUCAUGGACAGAUGUCAUGAUGACACGGAUCGAGAGUCUUUUGCACAAGUGAAAUUGAUCACGACACGGACGUGGCCCAGAAGUAAAUACUUUAUAGGAACAGGAUGGGCAAAUACAUCUUGUCUCUAAUCUUAGUGCUCAUCGACUGUCAUGUAGUCUUCUCCUUCUCCUUGUCCUCCUUUGCCAAACGGUCAUGC